CGCGCGCUAGACCGCGCUUAUGUUUACGAGUGCAGUGCGCAGGUGUUCCUUCGAAUUAUCUUCCCAGGACGGUUUGAGUCCAUAGCCAUUUGAGAUCAAGGCUCAAUUUGGACCAAGCUCCUCGCGCCAAUCGAACUGGCGACUACAUAUUAGCCGUUACAUUACUAUUAUCGAGACCGUAUAGCGGCGAGCCAUGGCGAGGAUGUUCGCUCGCGCCCUCGCCAUAGGGGGCCUCGCGGCCAUGCGGGCGAGUGCUCGAUCUGGUGCGCUCGACAUUGCUGGCAUUUCCAGCGUUCCGGGUGACACGCUGUGCUUGCAGGUGAACGCUCAGGCCGAGCUGAGCGCCAGCAGCGAGAUGAGCGCGGGCGGCAUGAUGGGCAGCGAGAUAAGCGCCAGCGGCAAGAUGGGCAGCGAGAUGAGCGCUGGCAGUGAGAUGAGUGCAGGCUCCCAGGCCCAGGCGCUUGCUGAGUCGCUCAGCCAUCUGAGUGCCGAGGCAGUACAGGCGCGCAUCAGCAAAUACGCAGACAGAGUUGGCUGCUCUCGUGACGGGCUCGCGACGAGCGAGGACCUUGAGGAUGAUGAGGAAGAGACUGAUUUGAGCUUCCUUGCUGCGCACGUGUUGAGCGCGUAGUGUCUUGUCACAGACUUCUGUCCGUUUGCUGGUACCGAUGGAAGCGUUUGUUCUUAUGGCAGCGUUUUCUGCAUGAAAAGGAACGGCUUUCUCGGAAUCCUUCCAUUCAAUCGCUUUCUGUGCUCUGCGCGUAUUAUACUGCAGGUCAGCCUCAGGGUGGGUCCGCCUGUGCAGUCGCAGUGCUUCUGUGGUUCUGUUCCGUUUCGCAGAAUUCCGUGCAGAGCAGGACUACGAGUGACACGGGCACAGCCCUGGUUGGUGUGAGCGUCUGGCUUCAGAGUGGGGCGUACACACAGACUCUCGUCAAAGUGGGCGUAGACAAUAUGUAUGCACUCGUAGUUAUGUGCACG